AAUGUAAUUAUUUGUUUCAAUGUCAAGAAAAUUAUCACCUGAAAUAUAUUCCUGAAUCUGAAUAUCAACCAGAAGAUAUGCUGUCUUGGCAUGAAUAUCAGAUUAAUGCUAUUCUUAAUGUUGCUCAAGAAACUUUACAACGAUGCAUUAACGGCAUGAAGUUGCCAUGUACAAUAUUACGUAAGAGUAGAGCUGUUGGUAUAGUACCUCAACCAAAUGUCAAGAUUUUUAGGGAACAGCUUGAUGAAUGUGUUCUCUCGACCCAGCAUAGCCUGGUCAGCUACUUGCAAUCACCAUCGGGCAAACAACAUUCUUUACCUUUUUGUGCAUUUAAUGGAGGUAGUGAUGUUUGGGUCGACAUGCAAAUUUUACAAAAUUUUCUCGGAGCUACUCCUGCUGAAACUUUACACGUUGGAGAUCAGUUCUUAUCUACAGGAAAUGAUUUUGCAACAAGAUCACAAUGUUGUACAUUAUGGAUUGUCAAUCCUGAAGAAACUCAAACUGUAUUGGUAGAACUAGUUACUUCAUUAGAUGAAAAGAAAAAAUCCCAAAAGAACGGUUGCUGA